AUGGCUAACGCGAAUGAUGAGUACAAUAGUGACGAUCCACUCAGUGAUGACGAUUCAACUGAUAAUACCGACAUUGACUCUUCUGAUGCCGAAGAUGACUUUGAUUUUGAUCCUGCUGCUUGGAGUAAUGUAUCUGCAGCUGGAAUGAGGGAUAUUCCUUAUACAGGGGAUAACAAACUAUUGAUACCUGUUCCAGGCAAUAACGAACCGAUUGAUUGGUUCAAUUUUUUCAUUGAUCUUGUUUUCUUGGAAAAUAUCUGCAGAUUCACCAAUGACUACGCUUUAGAAGUUUUCUUUGGCCCUACAAUCAUGCCAGGAUCUCGCAUCCACAGGUGGAAACCGCUGACAGUUCCAGAAUUGAGGAUUUUCAUUGGCAUACUAAUUCACAUGGGAACGAUUCGGAUAAACAGGAUCCAGGACUACUGGAAGACCGACAGAAAAUACAAUCUCCAAUUCUUCCGUGAAUACAUGAGUAGGGAUAGAUUUCAAUUAAUUUUGAGAUGUUUGUGUUUCCGUCGCGUACAUCCAGAUGCUGAGGCUCCUGCUGAUCGGCUUUACAAAAUUCGGUCCAUCAUUCAGUUGUUCAAUGAUAAAAUGAGGUCUAUUUAUUAUCCGUCUAAAGAAAUGUCCCUUGACGAAGCCAUGAUUUUGUGGAGGGGACGACUGCAGUUCAGGCAAUACGUGAAAGGCAAGAGACAUAAGUAUGGAGUCAAAUUGUACACCCUUUGUGAACCUGAGGGUUUAAUUGUUAGAUUUAUGGUGUACUCGGGUAAGAUGGACGAUUUGGGAGGGAAAGGACAUGCAGGAAAUGUUGUUCUACACUUGAUGAGAGACUUUUUGAACAAAGGCCAUGCACUUUACAUGGACAACUUUUAUAACAGCGUGACACUAGCAAGCAAACUCCUUGCCAACAAAACAUAUUGCACGGGUACCCUUCGAGUUGAUCGGAAGUUCAACCCACGAACUGUCGUAGCAGCAAAAUUGAAAAAAGGCGAAACCACCUGCCAAUACGGAAAUGGCAUUCUUGUGGGGAAAUGGAGGGAUGAACGAGAUGUUCUAUACAUCUCAACCCAAUUUGAAAAUGAAAUGGUGACCAUGGAAAAUAGAAGAGGCAUCGAAAAACAGAAGCCUAAACCUGUAGUCCACUACAAUGCUCAUAUGAAGGGGGUGGACAGAGCAGACCAACUAAUGUCGUACUACCCAAUAGAACGGAAGACCAUUAGAUGGUAUAAAAAAAUAUUUGUUCACUUCCUUCAAAUGGCUAUGGUAAAUUGCAUGUUCUUUGUGAACAUGAAUUCCGGUGCAAGAAAGAUGCCAUUUUUGGAAUUCAGAGAUAAAUUAGUAGAUUCUCUUUUGCCCCCAAAGCCAGCACAACCUCCCCGAACUCUUCCGAGGAACCCUCUGCACCGCCUCGUUCAAAACGAAGAACGUGACCUGAAGGGAGACAGGAAACGAAAAAGGUGCAGAGUAUGUGCAAAAGAGGGAUUGAAUAAGCGCACCUCCUAUCUCUGCAGUGGGUGCCCAGGGCAGCCUGCAUUUUGCCCAAUUCGUUGCUUUGACGAAUUUCACAAGAACUAA